AUGAGGCUGCCCGGUGGGUCUGGCUUGGGCACACAGGGUGGUGACGCAGGCGCGUGGGAGCAGGGGAAAACAGAGGAGCGGUCAACAGUGACCGAGCGCGGCGAGGGCCUCGCCGGAGUUGCUCCGGUGGGUCUACGGCACGGCGGAGAGGCGCGAAAGGAUCACAGGAAGAUCCCGCGUUCCCGGGUGCCACUAGCCGCACCGGACAACGACGGAGUCGACGCCGGCGACGAGCUACAAAGGCGGCGACGAGCACGGAGGAACGAGAAAUUAGGGACCUUGUCCCACCAAUCCAAUCCCCACGCCGCCGCCACACCCUUUGUUUUCAACGCCAAGCCAACCAGCUUCAUCCUCCCCAAUCCAAAAUCCAGCCAAUCCCAUCGCAGCUCUUCCCUGCCUCGGUCCUCGAUCUGGAUCAAGAGGAGCGCCGAGCCUCGAGCCCCUUGCGCCGUGCGCCUCCCUCGCCGGAGCUCCUCUCCAGCACGCCGGCGACCCCGGCCAGGGAACCAGCGCUGCCGCCCAAGGAGGAAGCUCGCCACCUACCCACAAGUUCGCCGCGCCAUCGGUCGCUUCCGCCGCCGUCAGGCCAGGAUCUCCCCGUCGCUCCACUUCUCCCACUCCCCUUGUUUCUUCUUGUUUUCCCCUGCUGCUCCCUGUGGCCUGAUCUCUUGCCGCCGACAGGAACUGCCAGCGCCGCCAUGGCCUCGUCUCCGGCCAGAAAGGCCCGUCCCAGACCUCCACCACCCGGAUCCAGUGACUCUUGCCGCCGCCGCGGCCAAGAACCUCACCGAAGAACGAUGUUCCGCCCUGGACCCGCUCGUUUCAGCAGCCGCUGCCGCUCUGAAACUUGCGCCCGCUGUGAUUGCUUCAUUUGUCGAGAACGAGCGCUCCCUCGUCGUUGCGUGGACCACAGAAGACCCGCGCCUGGGCUGUGUCUCGUGCGAGGUACACCAACCGGCCCAGCUGCCAGCCCUGCGGCGCCCGGCCUGCCUUGGCCUCUCCCUCUACGCAAACUGGGCCUGGCCCAUGGGUGAGGCACACCCCAGCGCCCCUGUUUGCUAUCCUCCUAUUGGGCCAGAUCAUAGAUGUGGCCCGAAUCAUGUUUUUUCCCGAGGAACGAAUUUAGCUAUUAUUCCUGAGACGGUUGCUUUGCAGAAAAACCCUGAAAUUUCAUGCAUUUAAUAACUUCACAACCAUGCAUCGGAUGUAAAUAAUUUAUAUGUGUAAAAUGACUAGAAUUUCAUCUAGUUUCAUAAUAUACCACUUU